GCAGCCCCGCGCCGCGCUCGCUCGGCUCCCAGCCCCGCACUCGCUCCGCUCCGCUCGCCGCGCCGCCCGCCUCGCGCAGCUCCGCUCGGCGGUCUUCUCCACAGGCAGCAAUGUCCAGGCCCACAGAGACCGAGCGCUGCAUCGAAUCCCUGAUCGCCGUGUUCCAGAAGUACGCUGGAAAGGACGGCCACAGCGUCACCCUCUCCAAGACCGAGUUCCUGUCCUUUAUGAACACAGAGCUGGCUGCCUUCACAAAGAACCAGAAGGACCCCGGCGUCCUCGACCGCAUGAUGAAGAAACUGGACCUCAACAGUGACGGGCAGCUGGAUUUCCAAGAAUUUCUCAAUCUCAUUGGUGGCUUGGCCGUGGCUUGCCAUGACUCCUUUGUCAAGGCCGCCUCUCCCCAGAAGCGUUUCUGAAGCCACUGUGGCGCUGGCCCGCAGACCCACCCCUGCUGCUGCCAGCCUGCCAGCCCUCCCCGCUCCUCACGGCCACACCUGCCCUGAGCCCCCACUCCACACAGGCCACUCCUGCUGGCAGUGAUAAAACAAUAAAGCAGUAUCUUUUUUUAUGACACACACUAAA